AAGUAACCGGUAUUCCCCGCCUACCAUGCUCCAGUCAGACGACAUAUAGGGCGAUGCGGAAGUCAUAGUUCCGUUAACUUCAGUUUAUUCCGUUUAGUCUGAAAUUUGUGGUAGCGGUAGAACAGUCACACGCUUUCACAUCGCAACACCUCGACUAAGCCGUCUGUGCCUCAUCCACAAAAAGGAGAAUCAUGAACAGCAACUACAGCGUCUCCCUGGGUGGCCCCGCCCCCUGGGGCUUCAGACUGCAGGGAGGAAAGGACUUCUGUCUGCCCCUCACUAUCUCACGGCUGACCGAUGGGGGCAAAGCAGCCAAAGCCAAAAUGAGUGUGGGAGAUGUAGUUCUGUCUAUCGACGGAAUCGCCACCAACGGCAUGAACCACCUGGAGGCCCAGAACAAGAUCAAAGCCUGCACUGACAACCUCAACCUCACCCUGCAGAAAGCUUCCAGUGUUCCCAAGGCUGAUGCACCAAAGGAUGAGCCACUGGAGAUCAUUAAGCCCGUGCCAAUCAUCCAUCCAGCUCCAGCCUUCACCAGCCCCUCCCCCCAACCCGGUGCUGCCUACAACAAGACGGCCCGCCCCUUUGGCGGGGGCAGCAAUGUGGGUGCAGUCACUUCCUCCCUAACCGCCCCAAAGGUGGCCUCCAUCCCCUCUGCAUCGUCUGCUUUCACCCCCGCCGCCCCCUCUUCCCAGCAGCCCCAGCCUCCCUUCCCACUAGCUAGCCGCUCCCGCUCCCCCGCCCCACCUAGCUCAGCCCCACCCCCCAGACCCGGCUCUGGCCGUUCCCCCUUCACCUCCCCUUCCUCCCCUUCCUCCUCUUCUUCCUCAUCCUCCCCGGCCAGAGUGACAGCCCCCUCCUCCAAUCCCGGUGCUCCGCAGUCCUCUUGCUAUAACACGCCAAUAAACCUGUACUCCAAUACCAACGCCUGUGAGGUGGCCAUAGGACAGAGGCGGGGCCUGUUGGAAGCCCAGGGUGUGGUGGUCGACCAGAUCAAAGAACAGUUUAAUGGAGUCCCCCCAAAGACAGCCCCUAGGAGGAACAGAGUUGAACCAGAGUUGACCCACGCCUCGCCCCUCAGCGAGGCCAGUAAGAAGCGUCUGAUCGAGGACACAGAGGACUGGCAUCCUCGCACCGGAACCUCCCAAUCCAGGUCCUUCAGAAUCCUGGCUCAGAUCACCGGCACAGAGAAAGACCAAGCCCAGGAGAACAGUGCUGGAAAGAAGGUGAACAAACCGGAUCCAAAGGUUGUGGGACAACAGUACAACAAGCUGAGAGACUGGCACCACGGUGUUUCGGCACGCACACUCAACGUGCAGUAGACUGUAGUUUGCUGUGCCCAGUAACAUCUCUCUGCCUGUGUUUUAUUCAUUUCAAUCAGCCUGUAGUUAACUAGAAAGACAGUCUCAAAUCUCACAUUAUAGCAGUCUGAGAUUUCACAUUAUACCUCACCACCUGUGCCUUGUCCUAUACCACAUCCCUUUAAGUAGUUACUGGAAUUAGUUAGUACGUUGCUGUGUCUGUGUGUGUACAGUGAGCCUGUUGGUGUGUUAGGGGAGUGUGAGAGUGAGUGUGUGAGUGAGUGUGUGUGUGUUUGAGUUAAAAACUCUCCCUUAGUACAUACACACAAUGGCCAGGUUAUUAGGUACCACCCUGUUGGCACGUGACCAUGGCUUGCUAUAUAUUGCAGGCAGACAGGCAUUGAGGCAUUCAAUAACUGUUGGAUUGAACAUUAGAUUUGGCAAAACAAGUGACCUAAGUGACUUUGAGAGUAGUAUGAUCGUUGGUGCCAGGCGCUUUUCACGCUCGCCAGUGUCUAGGGUUUACCGAGAAUGGUGCGACAAACAAAAAACAUACAACAGCUUGUUGAUGAGAGAGGUCAAAGG